AUGUAUAAAAUGGAGUAUUCUUACCUAAAUUCCUCCGCCUACGAGUCAUGUAUGGCUGGGAUGGACACGUCGAGCUUGGCAUCGGCCUAUGCGGACUUCAGUUCGUGCAGUCAAGCCAGUGGGUUUCAGUACAAUCCCAUCAGGACCACUUUCGGGGCCACCUCCGGCUGUCCAUCCCUCACUCCGGGGUCCUGCAGCCUGGGGACUCUGCGGGACCACCAGAGCAGCCCGUACGCCGCAGUUCCUUACAAACUCUUUACGGAUCACGGUGGACUGAACGAGAAGAGAAAGCAGAGGCGCAUCCGGACCACGUUCACCAGCGCCCAGCUGAAGGAGCUUGAGCGGGUUUUUGCAGAGACGCACUACCCGGACAUCUACACCAGAGAGGAACUGGCACUCAAAAUUGAUCUGACGGAAGCCAGAGUGCAGGUGUGGUUCCAGAACCGACGUGCCAAAUUUCGCAAGCAGGAGCGCGCAGCUGCAGCAGCCGCAGCGGCCGCCAAGUCCAAUUCUGGAAAGAAGUCAGACUCCAGAGACGAAGACAGCAAAGACACCAAAAGCACCGACCCCGACAGCACAGGAGGCCCGGGGCCGAAUCCAGUUCCCACUUCCAACUGCGGAGGACCGAGCCCUACUACGGGACAAGUCAACACCACUGGAAGCGGACAGGUGGACCAAGUGAAGACCUCCGUGUCCACCGGCAUGGGAGUGACAGCACCGAGCCAAGGUUGGGCCACCGCACCUGGGACCAUCACCUCUAUCCCGGACUCAUUGGGGGGACCCUUCGCCAGUGUACUAUCGUCUUUGCAAAGACAGAACGGAGCCAAAGCUACAUUAGUAAAGACCAGUAUGUUCUAAUGAAGCUGCACAGAAUGGCAA